UUUUUUAAAAUAGAAACCUUUUGCGCUUCAAUAUACAUACGGGACGGCCUCUCUGCGUUAUGCUAUAGAGUAGCCUAUCCAUUUCUUUAUUAUUUAGUAUAAUAUGCUUAAACCGUGAAUUGGAUUAUCAUAAACCGAUAGCACGGUUAUCUGUGCCUCGUGACGAUAGUAGCAAUAGGUAGUAUUGAUAUUGAUUUUAAGUAUACAUAAUUGGCGAAAAUUAAGGUCUAAGGCAUCGAAAAGUAAUUGUAGGGUCGAACGAUCGUAGACUGUACCCUGCGGCCUAUAGCAGAAGACAUCGCCAAGGUGUAUACAUAUGUCCUAUACAAACACAACAAUAUAUUGUACACCUUGGACCCCGUGAUGUCUUUACGAUAGACUGUGGUCGUUACAACCAAAUAUGGGCAGAACGUCAAAAGACAGACGUGACAUAUACUAUCGUUUGGCCAAGGAACAGGGCUGGCGGGCGCGUAGUGCGUUCAAACUGAUGCAAAUCGACGAGCAUUUCAACAUAUUCGAUGGCGUGGUCCGAGUGGUGGACUUGUGCGCGGCGCCCGGCAGUUGGAGUCAAGUACUGAGUAAGAGGUUGUACGCGGACAAAACGGAGGGCGAGCAGGACGACGUGAGCAUCGUGGCUGUGGACCUACAAACGAUGGCACCGUUGCCAGGCGUUACGCAGAUUAAGGGUGACAUCACCAAGGAGAGUACGGCCAAAGAAAUCUUGUCACAGUUCAGCGACCGACUCGUCGAUUUAGUAGUGUUUGAUGGCGCCCCUGAUGUGACUGGGCUAAACGAUCAUGACGAGUACAUACAGGCACAGCUAGUGGUGGCUGCCAUAAACAUUAGCACAUAUCUGCUGAAACCCCAGGGCAAUUUCGUUGGGAAAAUCUUCCGCGGUAAGGAGGUGUCAAUGUUGUUGGCUUGGUUGGAAAAAUUUUUUGACAGUGUCAUCGUCGCCAAGCCGCGCAGCUCUCGCAACUCGAGUAUCGAGGCGUUUGCCGUGUGCCUCGGUUUCCGAUUGCCUGAUGGAUUCAUGCCUAGCCUGGACAAUCUCUCGAUAGCCCGCAAUGAUAAGAGGCUCAGGGAUGAGAUGGUUGUGCACCCUGUCACCACACCCUUUGUGGCGUGUGGGAGUUUGGACAGCUUUGAUGCCGAUAUGACAUAUCCAUUGAAUAUUAAUGGUGUCGAAUAUGUACCGAGAGAACCUGUACAGGCACCAAUAUCACCGCCAUACAAAAGAGCUAAAACUUUGAUCACCUCUAGAGGUAAAAGUGUUAUUAUAAUGCAUGAUGUAGAGGAAACUAUUAUUAAUACACAACGAUUGAGACUGGAGUGACAUUAUUUACAGUGUAAUGUAUUAAUUUUUUACUUAGACAAUUUGAUUUGUUUUCUAUUUCUACAAUAAUGAGAAUACAACCAAAUUGUAAAGCAAAAUUACAAAUUGGAACAGAUUAUUAGUAGAUAGUAAAUUUUUUCAAGCAAGUAGUGAUAAUAAUAACUAAUAUAAAUGGCUCACACAAUAACAAUUAUUCAAAAAUUAAAUACUAAGUCUUUAAUUUUUUAGUAUGUACUUUUGACAAAUGUUAAUAUUUUCUUUAUUUAACUGUAUAAACUACACAAACAUUUUGUUAUAUCGACACAUAGUAAAGAAACUAUUUAAAUAACAGUGGUCGUGACUUUUAAUAAAUUAAAAUUAAAAAAACAUAUUAUAUACUGUAUCUGUAGAAAAUUAUUAUUAUAUAUUACCUACUCGAAAUACCUAACAAUUAAUAUUCAAUUUGGUGAUAUUAUCAUGUAUAAAUAUUUAAAUAAUUUUAAUUCUAAUUAGUUUUCUGAAAAUCAAUUAUUUCAUUAAAUCCAUCAUGUCCAGUUAUGCACAAAUAAACAAUAACAAAAAGAGAAAAAAAGAAAGCUGUAAACAACAAAUUUACUAAUAUUUUAAUAAUAUAAUAAUUAUUUACCUGAUUUUUUGAAUUAUAAAAAUAAAAUAAUUUUCAUCUAUUCCCAAUUGCGUUUGGCUUACCU